UUCGUCUAAGAUUAAUCAUAAUUAAUAAUUCAUUCAGUUAAUAUAAUGGAAUUAUACUAUAAUCAGUUUAGCCCACCAAGUCGCGCUGUUAGAAUGACCGCAGAAUAUCUUGGCCUCUCGUUAAAACUCAAUUGCAUCGAUACUUUAAAAGGCGAACAGUUAACUCAGGAAUUCGAAACGAUAAACUCUGCUAAGAAAAUACCAAUUCUUGUGGAUGGGGAUCUUAAACUUGCCGAAAGCCGAGCGAUAAUGAUUUACUUGGUGGACAAGUACGGGAAAAAUAAUUCGAGGAUUCUUCCGUCAGAUCCUUGUGGACGUGCACUCGUCAAUCUCGCGCUCCAUUUCGAUAUUGGCAAACUCUUCAGAAGCAUAGAACAAUAUUACUUCCCGAUAAUAUUUAAGCUAGAAGAAACGCCUUCAGCCGAGAGAUACGAGAAAUUGAAGGAGGCUUUUGGAAUUCUAGACAGAAUGGUCGAAAGCCAGGAUUACGUGGCAGGUCGGAAUUUGACCAUAGCUGACAUCUCGAUAAUAACUACGGUGACAACCGCCGAGGCUUUUGGCUUCAAUAUUAUUAAAUACAAAAACGUGAUGAAGUGGAUCGAUCGAGUCAAAGUGGCCAUACCAGGAUACAAGAAGAUCAAUGUCGAAGGUAUUGAAAUGUUAAAGAAAAGACUAUCGGGGCAGAUGGAAAACUGAUGGUGGCAGUACGAUUGCCACCCCCUUGGAUGCAUACUCGGAAAGCGAAGACAAGUUAAAGGACACAUAUUUUAAAUAGAUGCUGCAAUGUGCAAGCAUUGAUUACCGAAGAAAACUUCCCGGAAAGUCUGUUGCACUUCUGGCGCGUGCACUUCAACGCGUCGGUGACGUAUCCCAUGCAUACGCAGGAGAUAUAGAAAGGCUGGCAAUGAUCGUCACCUGAGGAAGGGGAAGCACGGAUAAAAGAAAAAAAAAGAAAAAAGAAAGAAAAAUGAAAGAAAG